GAUUUUGCUGUCACCGUGGAUUUUUGCUGAUAAAUACGCAAAAUUAUUCAUUUUCUGCGUGUGUGCAGUUUACACGAUGGAUACGAGAUAAUGAAUGAUAGAUAAAUGUGUCUAGUACAGGAAGCGGUGACGACUUGAGCCGUCACUUAAGUAACCUAGUGCUGUCAGUCGCCACAGAUCGGCACAGGUCGAUGUCGAUAGUAUUGUCGUCUGUCCGUGGCCGCGCUUGCGAUGCGUCUACUGUCGUGGUGUGUUUCUGCACAUGGCCGUGCCGCUUGGCGGAUCUUUACGUUGUUCCGUGGCAUUCGGCAAUCCGCCACUGGAUUGUAUUUACUGUUUUUAAAAGAAUUGUAUUACGCUUCACAUCCACCAUGACUACAUCCUCCGAAGAUGUCCUGAUGCAAGUGAGUCAAGUGCGUUAUAAAAAAGGAGAUGGUACCUUAUAUGUAAUGAACGAACGAAUAGCAUGGAUGCUUGAUAACAGAGAUACUGUUUCUGUCAGUCAUAAAUAUGCUGAUAUUAAAUUACAAAAAAUAUCACCAGAGGGAAAAUCAAAAAUACAACUACAAGUAGUGUUACAUGAUAGCACAUCAUCUACAUUUCAUUUUGUAAAUAAAAAUGGACAAGAAGCACAAAUUAAAGAUCGCGACGAUGUAAAAGAGUUAUUGCAACAAUUACUACCAAAAUUUAAACGGAAAGUUAACAAGGAGCUAGAAGAAAAAAAUAAAACUCUUCAAGAACAUCCUAUGUUGCUUCAAUUAUAUCGUGAUCUAGUAAUUACGCAAGUUAUAUCAUCGGAAGAAUUUUGGUCACAACAUGCUGCAGAGUAUACACAAGCUAAAAAGAUACAACGUCAAGAGAUAGGUGUCAAUAGUGCUUUCCUGGCAGAUAUCAAGCCACAAACUGAUGGUUGCAAUGGAUUAAAAUACAAUUUAACUGUCGAUGUGAUAGAAUGUAUAUUUAAGACUUAUCCAGCUGUUAAAAGAAAACAUCAAGAAAAUGUGCCUCAUAAAAUGUCAGAGUCGGAUUUCUGGACAAAAUUCUUUCAAUCACAUUAUUUUCACAGAGACCGUAUCAAUACUGGGACCAAGGAUCUUUUUACCGAAUGUGCCAAAAUAGAUGAUCAAGAACUUAAGAAAGAUCUUCAAACUGGGAUAAAUGAUCCUUUGGUAGAUAUUACUUCCUUUGAAGAUCAAACACUAGAUGAAAAUUAUGGAAGUGGUUGUAGUAAAGCAGAUAAAACAUCUGGAAAUAUAGUACAUCAAAAUAUGAUCAAGAGAUUUAAUCAACAUAGCAUAAUGGUUAUGAAAGCUAGCACUGCCAAACAGUUGAUACAAACCAAUCAACCACAAUUAAAUGGAUCUACACCAUCUGCAAGUAAAAUAGCAAACAACGAACCAGAUGAUGAACCAAAGACUAAAAAACGUAGAAUACAAGAGAAGAUAACUUAUGAUGAUCUUGAUAAGAGCUGUGACAUAAAUACAAAUAAUGGAGCACCAUUAAAUCUGAUGCAUGUAGAUAGAUAUUUGCAUGGACCUAUACCAGACUGCGGAAGUACAGAACCAACUUCGGAAGAAUUGUUCAUUACAUUAAAUCACUUAAAAAAAGAAGCUUCUGGAUGGUUAUCCGGUAGUACAUUACCGCGACAAACAGCUACUUCUUUAGUUAGUCCAGCUGCGGCAGUAUCAGCUUUAGGUGAAUUAACACCUGGUGGAUCUUUAAUGAAAGGUUUCCGAGAAGAAAGUCUUGGACAGUUAAUACCGAAAGAUUUAGAGAAGGAAUUACGUAACGUCUAUGUGUGUAUAUGUGAGUUGUUGAGACACUUUUGGCGAAGUUUUCCUCCGACAACACCACAGCUUGAAGAAAAAGCAAUCAGAAUGCACGAAGCUUUACAUAGAUUUCAUUCCGCUAAACUAAAACCCUUUGAAGAUCGUGUGCAAAGAGAAUUCUCUGCGGUUAGUCAACACUUGACGAGUCAUCUUAAUCAAUUGUUAACUACCGCAUAUAGGAAGUUCGCGGUAUGGCAACAGCGAAAAAUGCAAAUGAGGUAGCCCUUCAUUAAGGUCCCCGUAAAACAGUAACGUAAAUAAAGCAGCAAUAUUGGUCA